AUGGAAGAAGUCCGAGCAAAAGGAGUGCAAACACGAGGAAGCAUGAGAAUCGACAAGGAGAUCAUGGGCUGGAACGCUCCCAAGAUGUCGGAAAGGAACGUUUUCGACCGCACGCGGAGCAACGACGACGAUCACGAGUACGUGGUCUUCCAAAAGCCCUCGGAGCAACAGAUCCAGCUGUUAGCGCAGUCCAACGACACGAUCUCCAGCGUGAUGUAUUGGAUCAUCUGGGACCUGGCGGAUGCCAUGAAGGACAUUGAUAUCGCUCCGCCCAUCCAGUCACGAAUGUACCAAGAGCUCUCCAAUGGCAUGCUGGGCUUUAACAAUUGCUUGAAGAUUGCCGACGUGCCAUUUCCACUUCCCUUCGCACAACUUCUGGGGCUUUUGCUCGUGGCUUUUUCGUUGCUGAUUCCAGUGUACGUCAUCGUCUUCACUCGAUCUCCCAUUGCGGGGCCAAUUCUCUCCUUCUUGCUCUUUGAAAGCAUUUGGUGCCUCAACGAGGUGGCAAAGGAGUUAGAAAACCCUUUUGGCCAAGACAGCAAUGAUAUCACACUGACGGACUUUCACUUGAACUUUGUGGAUUCCUUGGAGGAUGUCAGUAUGGAAGGGCAUCAAGCAAUGCUGCACCAUCCAACCAUGGGCUUGGAGGAUGACUUCGGCAUGAGCUUUUGA